AUGAGCAGAACGAAAUUUUUGAAGCGAAAGCGGCAAGCUGCCGAGGCAGUCAAGAGCGACAACAGAGCCACCGUUCCUUCCCCUGAUCAUGCCUCGGGCGAUCCGAAAAACAUCCAGGCCGUUGUUAUCGACGAGGACCUUGAAAUCACUAUCGACACCCUCCAAACAAUCGCCAAAUAUCCUAACUUAAUCAAGUCUAAGGCGUGUAGAGACCUGAGAACAGCUGUCUACGACUUCCGGCAAGCAUGUACCAUAGGGGUAAAUGCCGCUGAAGAUUCAAACCUCACCUCGCGUAUCACAGCUGCGCUUGCUGAUGCCAAAUAUACGGACGCUCUCGUGCUCCUCGCGGAAAUGCAGAUACGAAAUGAGUCGCCAAAGCUGGGGGCAUUGUGUAGAUGGGUUCGAGAUCUCGAUGUUGUAAGUGGUCUAUCGAUGAAAGUAGAUGGUGUCAGCCGUGCCCUCGAGUGGUCAGCACAGGACAGAGAGCGCCUCAGAAUUCUGGCCUCAAUAUUGCGAGUGUCUGGGCCGACAGAUACCAGCUCAGAAGGGUUGAGCUACACCACAGAUCCAAUUCGCGUCCUGAAGGGCUGGGACAUGAGAAGCGACGAUGCUCAGCGUCCUCGCCCGGCGCAGUGCUCGGGAAAUAUCAAGGAGCUAUUCAGAGUCAUUGAAACCACGCCUGGCCAACAACGGAAGCCACCGAACCUCCAUCCUGCCAUUCUUCAUGCCAGUCGAGAUGACGCAAUAUUACUUUCAAAUGAUACGCCGCCCACGAGCAUCCAUCAUCACCCAGUUGUGCCCCAUCUUUCCCUUAUCAAAGACGUUCUGUUCAGUUCUGAGUGCUGCAGCAUCAUUGCUGCAGCUCAGACUGUGGGAUUUACCCCGGACGCACCGAUCAUGAGCUCGCGCGAGGACGUGAGCGUUUUGGCCCACAAUUUCUAUUGGAUCGUCGACGAGUCAUUCGCUGCAAGGUUAUGGCAGAGAGUGAAGCCCCAUGUACCCGAGCAGGUAGAUGGAAGGCUUGUCCGUGGGCUCAAUCGACGAUUCAGGGUUUACCGGUAUGUUCCAGGCGCAGAAUAUCGAUGCCAUAUCGAUGGUGCCUGGCCUCCAUCUGGCAUCAAUCCCGUGGACGACACCUAUAUCUACGAUGCGUCUCCAGCGACCGCCAAGCAAUCAUCACUGUACACCUUUCUUCUCUAUCUCAACGACGAGUUCGAAGCGGGGGAGACAACCUUCUUCAUGCCAAGUAUACACGACGGGGUUAUGAAUGCAUAUCCAGUCAAACCAGUGGCAGGCGCGGCCGCGAUUUUCCCUCAUGGCGAAGGUAAAGGUGCGCUUCUUCAUGAAGGCUCAGGAGUAAGGUCCGGGGCAAAAUACAUCAUAAGAACAGAUGUUCUUUAUGAUAUCAACAAACCUGUAUAA